ACGCAGUAACCUCCGCCCUGCACCCUCUGUGUGUGCUGGUGCUGUGUGACCUCGCCCAUUCUCAGGGUGGGGCAGAGCCUUACUGACUGGUUGAGCUUGUCUGCGGUGUUGCCUGAACCUGAUCACAGUGGAAGACACCUGUCAAACAGAGAGGAGCGUCUGAUAACGCAGACUGAUUGCACAGACCAAAAAGGCAUCACCAUAAAGAAGCUCAUAGCAGUACAGACAGCCAACGACCAUGUCGAAAGAAGGGGAUCGUCAGUCGGUACUACGGACCACGAAGGUCCGGACCUCCCUUAAGGGAGACAGCAGCUGGAUCCAGUCGCGCUCAGAACCACAACCUGAGCAGCAGAAGUCAUGGUUAGCGCAGGUGAAGGCGACACCUCCCAUCUCAGAGCUAAGCCCCCCCCCAUCUCCCACUGCUGCCUCAGCAGCCACCGAUCCCAGCUCUCCCACCACCACACAGGCCCCCACACCAUCUUCAGGUUACCUUAUCAGGGGUGUUUUCACAAAAACCAACAAUGAAAAAGCGCCUGCAUCCAAUGGAACCAGUAGCCCGUCCGGCACCUUCCUUAAGAAGCCCACUGACAGCUACAAGAAGAUAGCCCCUCACAUCGUCCGGUCAGGUAGCAGCAGCUCCUACCUGGAUGAUGGGACGCUGUCUUCUGAGGAACAGGACAAGCGGACGGAGGCCGCCAGCAAUGUGCUGAAGUCAUCCGCAUCCCGGCAGCGCUCUUACGUCCUCUCAGCAGCUAAGAAAUACGAGUCCGUAGAAAAGCCACAAGAUGCUGGUCUGCCGUUCGUGGCUAAACGGGUGGUGAUUGAUGACGAGGAUGACAUUAGUCACAAAGACAAAGGAAUGGAUAACACGGCGCCCCCUGUUGGUAGCCAACAAACAGCUGCGCAGUCUGUACUGCCCUCAAGCUCGGUGGAGACGCCGAAAGUGCCCCCUCCUUCUGCUCCUGCCCCUGUCGUCUCCACCAGCCCCAAAGAGUCUAAGCCAGUCGUGGAACAGAAAACCGAGACCCCUGCUGUUAAGAGCAGCUCAGUGGAAAUGCCCAAAGUGCCCCCAGCUGUUGUUCCUGCCCCGGUCGUCCCCACCAGCACCUCUAAAGAUGCUAAACCGGUUGAAGACCUGAAAAAGACAGAGACCCCAGCAGUUAAGGCCUGUUCACCUGCUAAAGCUGAACAAGCCCCAAAGCCCAGGAAAAACUUAGACAAUCAGGACCUCAUCUCUCUGGCUGAAAGUGGGGAAAAGUUUUUAGACCCCCUUCCCAGUGUACCUGAGAGCCAUAAGACUCAGAUAGAUCAGAAAACAAGCAUCUCAUUGGACACGCUGGCUGAUGAUGUCAUCCCAUUCGGCAUUAAAUCCAUCAGCAGCAGUGACUCAGCCAAAGCCAAGGAACCCAUUACUACCCAGAGAGGCACAGAGCAGAAAGCCAGAGAAGGUCCUUCCAGCACACAGACAGUGACCACAUCUGUCACAAAAAUCAUCUCCACAGAUCCCAGUCCUCUUAAAGAACCACCCAAAUCCAGUGAUAUCAGUGUCAUGGAUCUGUUUGACCCUUUUCCUGUGGACCCCAACAAAAGAUCCACAACGCCAGUUUCUCCAUUGAAAAGAACAGAGGACAGCUUUGAGGAGGACCUUAAUGACCUCUGUGAUGACCAGGAAAAUUUCAGUAUCACAGUGGAGAAAAUUGAGCCACACAAUCCGUCACCAUCUCCAAUGGACAGCUCCUUUGAAGCCACUAGCCAGAAAGCCACCCCCUCGGAAACUGAAUCCAAGAAGGGUAUUGUGCUACUGAAGGAAUACGUCAACACGAAACCGGCUACAGGGAUCUCCAACAACGACCUAUUCUCCGGCGACUAUAUUUCAUCCAGUGUUUCCAGUUACAACUACAGCAGCCCUACAUCUAUCUCCAGCACAUCGAGCGCCUGCACAUACUGUGGGCUGCCAGUGGGCAGUGAGGCCAAGAUCACCAUUGAGCACCUGAACAUCUCUUGCCACCCAGCCUGCUUCAAGUGUGGCAUGUGUGGUAAGCCCAUGGGAGACCUGCUGUACAGCAUGUUCCUGCACAAAGGUGUGGUCCACUGCGAGAGCUGCUACGCCAACACCAUCUAGAGAGACAAAAGGUGCAGCUGAGGGUCAGAAGCCAGAUGUGACGCAAGAAAUAUACUUUGGCAUAUUUUUCUCUAAUGCAUUACCACAUUCUUGAAAGUAAUACAUAGAUUAAUGUGAAAAUUACUAUGAGAAUUGAACCAUUACAGCUGGUUAUAUUAUAUGGUUUGAAUUUCCAUAGAGCUAUUGUGUAAGACUGAUACUUCAGGAAUAGAGGUCUAUCGCAUCAAGUUACUUCCACUGAUAUGAACAGGACAUAUAUCCUUUGACCAUUGACCACUCCCGUCAACUUCAUAUUGAGUUGCAUUUUUUCAAUAUUUGAACUAUACUAAUCGAACAAUGUAGUGCUAUAAUACAUUAAUGUGUGCCUUAUUGUUAUUGUCAAAUCUAGCAGAAUAUAACUAUGCUUGUGUACUAUCAAUAAACUAAUCCACAAACAUGUACCACCUUUUUGUUUAAUUCUAUAAAAACAAUAAAAUACAGUUUAAUAUGUA